UUAAAGCAUCUGCUUUUGCACCUAAUUAUAUGGCUAAAUGUUACAGUCCUUCUUCUUCCUCAGCUACAUUCUUAUCGUCCUCCUCAUUAAAGCAUGAGGAACCUAUCUCCCGAAGGAUAGUAAUUCCAAAAAGGAGGAAUAUAACUCUCAUAUCUGGCAGCUAUCCCAGUUUCCGUUCGAGAAAGCAAUUUGAACUCAAAUCCUCUAAUGGGUACCCGUUAAACGCGAUCUCUUUGCCAGAUGGUUUGUCUGGGAAGUCAUCAACGGAAGGACCCGUUGAGAAUCGAGUGAAAGAUGAUUCAAUUUCCCUUUUGGAACCAGGAAAUGCGAAGUCCACAGUCAGCAUUACUGUUGUCGGAGCUUCAGGGGAUCUUGCUAAAAAGAAGAUCUUUCCUGCACUGUUUGCGCUAUUUUAUGAAGAUUGCCUACCUGAGCAUUUUACCAUUUUUGGUUAUGCCCGGAGUAAGAUGAGUGAUGAGGAGCUGAGGAACAUGAUCAGCAAAACUUUGACUUGCAGAAUUGACAACAGGGAAAAUUGCAGUGACAAGAUGGAUCAGUUCUUGCAGAGAUGCUUCUACCAUUCUGGCCAAUAUAACUCUAAGGUCAAUUUUUCAGAGUUAGACAAGAAACUAAAAGAGAAAGAGGUUGGAAGACUUCCCAAUAGGUUAUUUUACUUAUCAAUACCUCCAAACAUAUUUGUGGACGUGGUGCGAUGUGCUAGUCAACAUGCUUCUUCAGCAAAUGGGUGGACUAGAGUCAUCGUUGAAAAGCCAUUUGGUCGUGACUUGGAGUCAUCUGGAGAGCUGACCAGAUAUUUGAAGCAAUACCUCACUGAAGACCAGAUUUUCAGGAUUGACCAUUACUUGGGUAAAGAGCUCGUUGAGAACCUAUCAGUGCUCCGUUUCUCCAAUCUAGUUUUUGAGCCUUUAUGGUCAAGGAACUACAUCAGAAACGUGCAACUAAUAUUUUCUGAAGAUUUUGGAACGGAGGGUCGAGGCGGAUACUUUGAUAAUUAUGGGAUCAUACGGGAUAUAAUGCAGAAUCACCUCCUUCAAAUAUUGGCACUUUUUGCAAUGGAGACACCUGUCAGCUUAGAUGCAGAGGACAUUAGAAAUGAAAAGGUUAAGGUUUUACGGUCAAUGAGGCCACUGCAAAUCGAUGAUCUAAUCAUAGGCCAAUAUAAGGGGCACAUGGCAGGUGGAAAGUCUUAUCCUGGAUACACAGAUGAUCCUACUGUUCCAAAUGACAGCCUCACUCCAACAUUUGCUGCUGCUGCUCUAUUUAUUGAUAAUGCACGAUGGGAUGGGGUGCCUUUCUUGAUGAAAGCAGGAAAGGCCCUCUAUACUAAGGGAGCAGAGAUCAGAGUGCAGUUUAGGCACGUCCCAGGCAACUUGUAUAAGUGGAAUUUUGGGACGGAUUUAGAUAAAGCUACGAACGAGCUUGUUCUUCGUGUUCAACCUGAUGAAGCUAUAUAUCUGAGGAUCAACAACAAGGUCCCAGGGCUUGGCAUGAGAUUGGACCGCAGUGACCUUAAUCUUCUUUACAAAGCAAGGUAUCCAAAGGAAAUACCAGAUGCAUAUGAGAGGCUGCUAUUAGAUGCUAUAGAAGGGGAACGUCGGCUGUUCAUUAGAAGUGAUGAGCUUGAUGCUGCAUGGGCACUUUUCACCCCUUUGCUGAAGGAGCUAGAGGAGAGGAAGAUUGCACCAGAGCUCUACCCCUAUGGUAGUAGAGGACCAGUCGGAGCACAUUAUCUUGCUGCAAAAUAUAAUGUUCGAUGGGGAGAUCUUAGUGGUGAAGACUCAUGAUUUGUUGUUCUACUAUAGAUCAAUACAUGUGGGAUGGCCUCCUCUUUGAAAAACUUGAUGUUGUACAUUUUUUGUUUUGCUUUGCUUAUGAAUAUGUUGGGUGUGAAAGAUGGCCUCUGAUUGUAGAAAUACAGAACCUCCCUAGUCAUAGUUAUGUCUAAUUUUGUUUCCUUUCCUCAUAUGAUGCAUUAACAUUAACUAAUGG